UUGUUCGGAAAUAGUCAAAUAUUGCAACAGUAAGUAGAGUGUUCGUUAAUUAUUGAUCAGAGAGAGUAGCAGAGGUCAGUGUUCACCACGGUGCCUGGACUGCAAUCGAUUUCUGUAAGUCGUUUCGGUUCAGUCAAGGGUCAUCGCAGCAGUUCGCCGCGGGACUGCAGUGUUCUCUCAGUGACCUGUUGAUUGGAAGCUGUUGAUUCUCUGUGACUCGCUAUGGACUACGGCAACGAGGUGGACCUGUCGAACAACAACAACAUUACGCCGCUUUGGAAAAGACGAUCCGGUAGCCAUGUCGGGUCAAGGGACUUGAGACCCAAACCCAGACCUUUGAGUUACCAGAUCGACGGAGUAUUGAAGACAGACUUUCCCGUGAACGAUAACUGUAAUUUUACUCUUUCGCAACCUGCUGAGAAAGUCGUGGCCACACCGACCAGCGGCAACAUGGUACUUAAACAUAUUCUGAACAAACCUCCCCGUAAGACGCGGGUUGUGCGGAGUAUCAGUAUCGGACAUUUGUCUAAUGGACGAUUUUCUUUACCCAAGUUUAAGUCGGAGAGUGAUAAACAUUCACUGGGCAGCCGCUCCCCUGAGCUAUCAACGCGCCCCGCAGAGAACGGAGUAUCGCAGGGAAAGCAAGCCCAGGAUCCUCACAAGCGCCUGUCUGCUCAGGUCACUCUCACUUCUCAGAGUGAUCAGAUUGUUUUUGGAAGUACCCCAGCGCUGACCGACCCCGUCUCACAGAGGCAGGGUACCCCGCCCCCCCAGAGCUGCAACCAUCAGUUGUCCCCUCCAGCUAAGCCCCAGGAUGUCUGUGACUCUUCCCCAGCUCCCCGUCCCUCCUCCUCCUACAGCUCCACUUCCAGCAUCCCCUCCCUCUCCUCCACAGCCAGCACCCCCUCUGAUCCCCCCACCCCGCGCACUCCAUCCCCAGCCGAGAGGGGGGGCGGUGACGGGGUGGUUCUGCCGCGACAGCCUUCCCAGUGUUCCCAGGGCUCCUCGGAGGGCAAAACGAUGCCCUCCAUUGUCCUGAGUACCCAUAGCCUGGCUGCACUGAAGAUGGGUACCCAGCAGAUCAUCCCUAAGGGUCUGGCCUCUGACACACGCCUCACCAAACCUGCCACAAACAGCCCACAGAACCUGGGCCUGGGGUUGCACCUGGACCCCAGCAAACGGGCCCUACGCGCCCGGAGUAUGGUGGAGAGCGGAGCUUUCUUCUCCACCAGCAGGGAUGAUGUAGAUGGAGAUUGUGAGGACAGUCCCGGAACACUCCGGAGAGGCCUGCGUUCCACGUCCUAUCGGCGCGCAGUGGUCGGUGGGAUGGAUUUCGAUUCGCCCCUGGCAAACCCGAAGGCCCACCGUCUGUCCCAGCCUGUAUUCAGAGGAGUGACAGAGGACAGGGAGAGAUCGGCCAGCCCAAGCCCAACCAAGAGCAAGAGCCCAGACAAAAAGAAAGGCCUGGUGACCCAGAGAACAUUUGACAGUGAAGACGAUGAGGUGCUGUAUCAGAAUUACCAGGAGAAAGCCCUGCACAACGACUCUGACGAGGACGUGGAGUUGAGAGAACCGAAACCAGAUGACCGUAUCGUAGUCCAGUACAAACCGAUCCGCACGUCCUGGAGCCAGCUCAGCGUGGUCAAAAAGAGUGGGGCAGCAGAGAAGCUGACUCCGGAAGAGCGGAAAAGACAAGAGGCAAUCUUCGAGGUCAUCUCAUCAGAGCACAGUUACCUCCACAGCCUGGAGGUCCUCAUCAGAAUGUUCAAGAACUCCAAGGAGCUCAACGACACCAUGACCCAGACAGAACGCCACCAUCUCUUCUCCAACAUCGUGGACGUCUGUGAGGCCAGCAAGAAGUUCUUCAGAGAACUAGAGGACAGGCACCAGCAGAACGUUGUGAUUGAGGACAUAAGUGACAUAGUGGAGAGACACGCAGCGUCAAACUUCGAACCCUACGUGACAUACUGUUCAAACGAAGUUUACCAACAACGGACUCUACAGAAACUAGUGACAAAGAAUCCUGCCUUUAAGGAGGCUCUGGGUCGGAUUGAGGCGAACCCUGACUGUAGAAACCUGCCCAUGAUCUCCUUCCUAAUCCUGCCCAUGCAGCGAGUCACACGUCUGCCCCUGCUCAUGGAUACAAUCUGUCAGAAGACAGUCAAAGAUUCAGUGCAGUAUGAGAACUGUAAGAGAGCACUACAGACGGUCAGCAAGCUUGUGCGGAAAUGCAAUGAAGGGGCCCGUACGAUGGAGAGGACUGAAAUGAUGUUUACAAUAAACAAGCAACUAGAGUUUAAGAUAAAGCCCUUCCCUCUGGUGUCGUCCUCUCGCUGGAUGGUGAAGCGUGGGGAGCUGACAUCUUUUGUGGAGGAGAGUGGGAUCUUCUCUAAGAGAACUCUUCGACAACAGGUCUACUUCUUCCUCUUCAACGAUGUCCUCAUCAUCACACGCAAGAAGAGUGAGGAGAGUUAUACAGUCAUAGACUACGCUCUGAGAGACCAGAUCUGGGUGGGCCAAUGCCAGCCAGAGGAACUGAGCCUCUCUCCGGUCCGGACCACGGCGGGCAUGCUGACAUCACGGCAGGGCGGGUCAAGCCCGCCAUUCCGCCUGGAGUUCCGCAGCAAUCACUCCAGAGAAAAAGUGUGCAUGGUCCUGGCGACAGACCUGCUUAAUGAGCGUGCUCGGUGGAUCAGCUCAUUGGACCAGACCAAGAGCGACAAGAACACAGACAGAGCCAACAUGAUGCAGGUGGAGGUGACGCGGACGUACACGGCCAGGCAGCCAGACGAACUCUCCUUACAGGUGGCGGAUGUGGUACUGGUGUCCCAGACAGUGGAGGACGGCUGGUAUGAGGGUGAGCGUUUGCGGGACGGGGAGAGAGGCUGGUUCCUGGCAGAGUGUGCCCAGCAGAUCACCUGCCCUGCCACCAUCGAGAGGAACAUGCAAAGAAUGGAUCGUCUCAAAGGCCUGGAGACCAAUGUCUGAGCAGGACACACCCACGGGUGGACAGCCAAUGGGAGCGUAAAGAAUCUGUGCAGAACAUUUAAUGCUUCCACCCACAGGGCAAGAGCAGCUCCCUCAGUGACUUUCUCUCUGUACAGGUGAACACUGACAGGACUUGGCAGCACAUUUUUACCUGUGUCAUUUAUUUUGAGUGACAGCUGCUCUGUCCAGCCUUCGUCCACAAGAUUCCCUCACCCACUCCUCCACAGGGCAAGAGGCAAUGAAGAACAGCGAGGAGGAGUCCUUACUAUCACAGUAAAAGACAAGCUGUAGAGUAUGCUUUGGAGAAUACACAGACCCAAGUACACUGUAUGCUAGAGCCCUGAGGUCUCAUGAUGUGGACACCCAAAGGCUGUUUCCUUUUUUAAAGAGUGGGACCAGUGUAACAGACUGUCUGCUGAACAGCAUCAGAUGGAGUUUUCUCUAUUGGUAUUAUUUUUGUGAUGUGUUUAUUGUUGAAUAUGGUUUUGAUUGAUGAAUAUGUGUACAGUGAGACAGAAACACUACAGUAGAGUAAUCCUGUGAUGUUUGUUAGGACGAGAGAGACCUGAGAAAGUGUUUACACCUCACUGAAGGAGUCAGGUGUGUCUGUGAGGAGGUUAAUGAGAUAGACAUGUGCUGUUAGUGUUGAACUGCUUCACAGAUUUGAUCUUGUCACAAAGACUCUUUUGUUAACCAAAAAAAGAAACAAAACAAGUCAAACCAACCUAAACUGGAAAAAAAGGAGAUACAUGGAAUCACAGCUGUAAGUAAAGUAAAAUAUCUUCUUAAAUUAAUUAAUAUA